AUGAAGAAGACCAAUAUAUCGAAUCUGCUGCAAUCCAUCUCCGUUCUCGCUACUUUGAAGGUGGUCGUUAAUGGGCAAACAACGUGUAAUGGUGGCUUGGGUCGAGUCGUUUACGAGAGACUUCCGGAUCAACAGCUUCAGGGUUUCGACGACGAUGUGGUACGAGACUCUGCGCCACCAUUUAGAGUCUUAGAAAAAUGUCAGGAAUUAUGUCUGCGUGAUAGGACAGCGACGAACAAUUUAGUCCGCGCUUGCACGAGCUUCGAUUUCCAACCUGGCAGCAGAAUAGCGUCUUUCAGCGGGGCUGCUGAAUACGAAGAAAGUACUUGCUACUUAACUAGAGAACAAGCUCAACCAGAGGGAAUCGGAAAUCUAAUGCUGGUGCCAAAUAGUGUUCACUUUACGGAAGUUUGUCUUGGCUCUGAUAGGAUAGAACGGGAAUGCCCUAAUCGCCGUUACGUGUACGAGAGACACCCUAGGAAGAAACUAAAGCUCCCGUUGACGGAUAUUAAGGAAGUUAGUGCGGCGAAUAGAACAGAUUGCGAAGAUAGAUGUCUGAACGAGUUCAGUUUUAUUUGUCGAUCUGUUACGUACGACACAGCUCUGAGAAGCUGCGCUCUGAGUCGUUUCACGAGACGAACACAUCCUGAAUUACUGGAAGACGAUCCAAAUUCUGAUUAUCUCGAAAACACCUGUCUCAAUGCCGAACGUCGAUGUGACGGAUUAGCGGUGUUUGUUAAAGAAGAAAACAAGCGUCUUCGGGGACCAUUUGAAGUCGACAUUUACACAAACCUUACUUUAGACGAGUGUCAAGCCCUUUGCCUCAGAGCAGAGAAAUAUUUCUGUCGAAGUGUCGAAUUUGACGAACAGACGAGACAGUGUGUCAUCUCUGAAGAAGACUCUGUUUCUCAAAAAGAUGAUAUCGGUAUCAGUAGCAGCCCCAGCCACCACUUUUACGAUUUAGUUUGUUUGGACAAUCCACGUGGCUCUGAAUAUCCAGACAGCAGUUCGACGUCGCACCUUUUCUCCGAUGGACGACGACCCGACACCGCGUUCCAGCGUUAUCGAAACUCACGUCUCAGCGGUGAAUUUCACUCCGAGAUAACCGGACGCAGCCUGAGCGAAUGUCUUGACGAGUGUCUUCGACAGACCAGCUUCCAAUGUCGGAGCGCCGUCUACUCCGAACAUUAUCACACCUGUCGAUUAAGUCGAUUCAAUCAGCGUGACGGGCAUCGAAUUAUCUACGAUGCGGAUUACGAUUAUUACGAGAAUCUUAUGCAUCAAUACUUAGAUGGAGACCGAGAUAAUCCAGGAUACAGACCGGAUCCUCUGGGGCAGGAUACGAAUUUUGGCAGGCCAUCCUUAGGAAGACCUGGUUACCCAGACGAUUAUGACAAAGGAUUCAGCAGCAGCGCGAAACCAGAUCGUUAUCCAGACCGUCACCCAGAUCGUUUCCCAGAUCGCUACCCAGAUCGUUACCCAGACCGAUAUCCCGAUAAAUAUCCCGAUAAAUAUCCAGAUCGUUAUCCUGAUCGUUAUCCAGGUGAUAGAUAUCCCGAUAGCGAUCGUUAUCCCACAAGUGAUCGAUAUCCUACAAGCGAUCGUUAUCCUAUCAGUGAUCGAUAUCCUACAAGCGAUCGUUAUCCUGCCAGUGAUCGUUAUCCAAUUGGAGAUCGAUUUCCAUCAUCAGACAGAUACCCUAUAUCUGAUCGAUUCCCCAUCAGAGGUGGCGAUCGUCGUCCUGUUCAUCCUGAUCGGUAUCCUAUUCCCGAUCCUGGAAUAGACAGAUAUCCAACAAAUAACAGAUACCCUAGUGGAAUUGGUAAUCGAUACCCGAUAUCUCCAAGUCGUUAUCCUAGUGAUAGUGACCGAUAUCCUAACGCCAUAGACCGUUAUCCUAUUCCAGAGGAUCCUUUGGACAGAUAUCCCAUCAGGGAUCCUUCUGGUAUAGGCAGCAGCAGGCCCCACGUUGAUCGGUAUCCUAUUAGCGAGAGGUUUCCGGAGAAGGACCUUUAUCCCAAUCGGUACCCACCAACGUCUCACGGAGGAUACCCACAAAAUUACCCCGUAGACGAUCUUUACAGUCCUCAAUCUCACCCAGACCGAAAUCACUUUGGGGCAGCAGGCCCAACCCGUCCUCUAGGCUACGGUGGUUACAGUAACGACGGUGGAAUCAUCGGUGGUGGUUAUAUAGGUGAAGGUGGAGUCUACAAUUCACGACCUUUCGGUACCAGUGGUGGUCCCAUCAUUGGACGUCCACCUCUAGUAUCGAGAUGCGACGAACAAGAUAACUUUCGACAAGUGGGACCUCACACAAGGGUCCGUAAACCUUUCGUCAGACGAUACACGACAGCUUCUUCGUUGGCGCAGUGUGAAAGGGAGUGUGCAGACGCCAGAGACUUCGUGUGCAGAUCCUUCAAUUACCGUCCAUACGCUGCUCCCUAUGGAGCUGAGAGGGACAACUGCGAACUGAGUGACCGUGAUUCCAGAGACAUGGACAUGGGGAACCCCUUGUACUACGACACUGGCUCAGAUUAUGAUUUCUACGAGAGGAACAACGGAAGACAGGGUGCUGACGCAGAGUGUCUGGACGUGAGUCAAGUGUGUAGCGAGGACGGGAUGGAAUUUACUUUAAGGACGCCCGAAGGAUUCAUUGGCCGGAUUUACACUUACGGCUAUUACGAUCGCUGCUUCUUCCGGGGGAACGGGGGAACCGUGAAUGUACUUCGAAUCAGUGGUCCUCAGGGCUAUCCCGAGUGCGGCACUCAGAGAUAUGGCGACACAAUGACGAACAUCGUCGUUGUACAGUUCUCCGACUACGUGCAGACAGGAAGGGACAAACGCUUCAAUCUCACCUGUCUAUUUCGAGGCCCUGGCGAAGCUGUCGUCACAUCCGGCUACAUCGGUGCCGGGUAUGCCAGAUCAGGAUCUCCAAUCCCCAUUGAAUACCUUCCAGCGGAAAAUACCCUAAGUUCGCGCGUACGUUUGAUGAUUCUGUACCAAGGUAGACCCACGACGACCAUCGCAGUUGGUGAUCCACUGACUUUUAGAUUAGAAGCUCAGGAUGGGUACAAUUACGUGACAGAUAUUUUUGCUACCAAUGUAAUAGCAAGAGAUCCAUACUCUGGAAGAAGUGUUCAGCUUAUAGACAGAUACGGUUGUCCGGUAGACAAUUACGUGUUCCCGGGACUAGAUCGUCUACGCGACGGAGACAGUCUUGAGGCGCGUUUCAACGCUUUCAAAAUCCCAGAGUCCAACUUCUUAGUGUUCGAGGCAAACGUACGAACCUGUCGAGACGGGUGCCAGCCCGCCUACUGUUCAGGUGGCACAGGAAGAAGCGAACCUUCCUUUGGAAGACGACGAAGGGACGUGUCACAAAACGACACAAUCGCUGAGGAAAACGAAAUAAGUACUGCAACGGAAAAUAAUGCGAACGACACGUUCUCCGUGUCAAAUUCUACGGUCCUCGAAGAGAACGAUGCUAUAGACGAGGAAGAAGAAGAGGAACACGUAAGGGAAAUGAUAGAGGUUUUAGACUCGAGGAUGGACAUUGACGAAGAAACCGUAGUUGAAAGACAAACUACUGUCAUGGAGAACGUUUGCAUAACACCGAACGAGUACUACGGACUUGUGACAGCAGUGGCGGUGCUGGUAGUACUUCUAGCUUCUGUAGUAUUGUUAUCUAUGCUGAUUUACAGAAAAUACGCUUACUCGGUGAUCACGAAGAAUCGCAGAGUGGAUAAAGCGUGCAGUCGCAACAGUCAUUCUGACGAUGCUUACAGCAGUCGAGCUAACAAUUUCUCGUUCUUGAGAACAGGUCUUCAGAAACCGUUUCAAUCCACAUCGAUCUCGAGAUCGAUGAGCAACGUGAUCGGUCAACGAGUGAGCUCAUCGUCGACCGCUCUGGAGGGUGCUGUUGGAUUGUCGUCCAGCAGAAGAACUGGCUUCGAUCCGAGCGAACCGAUAUACACCGAUCCAUCACUGUUCGAGGUUGCUCGUUGCUCGUCGCCAAAACCAGCACUCGGUGAUAACUUCCAUCUGAUGUGA